CUGACAUGGCGGAUAGAAGGCGGCGGAGGAGACGAGCGUCCCAGGAUAGUGAGGAGGAAGAAGAUGAAGAGUCGGGCAGUGAAAGUGCUGGCUCUGGGGGACAGCCGGCAGCGCCCAGCAGGCAGGAGAGCCGGGAGCCGGGGACCAAGAGAGCCGAGCCGCCGAGAGAAGGGAAAGAGUCCGAGUGUGAAAGCGAGGAUGGCAUUGAAGGAGACGCUGUUUUGUCAGACUACGAAAGUGCCGAGUCUGAAGAAGAGGAGGCUCACUUAAGUGAAGAAGAGCCAUUGAAGACAACAUUGAAACAGGAGAACAAUGUGGAGGAGGCACCUGCUACAAGAGAACAGAAGCCUAAAUCUAAGGGAGCAGUGACAGGGGAGCGCCAGAGCGGGGAUGGGCAGGAGAGCACCGAGCCAGAAGAGAAUAAGACCUCCAAGAAAUCCCAGAAGCAGCUGGAUGACGAUGAAGACAGGAAGAACCCAGCUUACAUCCCUCGGAAAGGACUUUUCUUUGAGCAUGACCUGCGUGGACAUGUCAAUGAUGAGGAAGUCAGGCCAAAGGGACGACAUCCACGCAAACUCUGGAAGGAUGAGGGGAGAUGGGAACAUGACAGGUUCCGUGAGGAUGAGCAGGCCCCCAAGUCUCGUGAAGAGCUUAUCUCUAUAUACGGUUAUGAUAUUCGUUCCAGCAAAAACUCAGAGGAAAUCCGCCCCAGGCGACCACGAAAACCCAGAUUCGGCAGCCCCACCAGGAGAGAGGAAAUCAGUGAGAAGCCAAGUCGACCUUCAAAUCGGUAUCAGGACUCUGGUAUUUCCCAGCCUCUCCGACCUUACACCAAUCGCAAUGCACCACCUUCUAACAAAGUUGGACCCUCUAGGACUUACUCUAGGCAGGGUGGAUAUAAGGAGAACCGCUCCAGUUACCAGUCCGAGGAGGAGGCUCCACCUCAUCCAUCUGAGCGCAGACAGGACUAUGGUGGGCACAGAGCUCGCAGCACCGAGCAAGGCCCAGCUCCUCCUAGAGAGUUCUCCCCUGAAGCAGAUCCUAUAAUCAAGGAAGAACCAGUCAUUGAGAAGCAAGCAGCAGAGCCUUCACCACCACCUCCUGACAGACCAGUGGAGAAAAAAUCCUAUUCUAGAGUUAGGAGGAGUCGGAUCAAAGUUGGUGAUACAGGAAAGAGCAUGGAGGACACUACAGUUACUGAACUACCCCCACCACCUCCUGUGCCACCCGCCGUUGCUGCUGAGUUCACCCCUGCACCACUUAAUGUGAAGCAAGGCAACUGGGAGCCUCCUUCAGAGGGUGGAAUGUCUGGAAUUGAGGAGGAGUUGUCUCAGAUGAACCUUUCGGAGCAGAGCUGGAACCCAGGACAGCCUGCAUACAUUUCCCCUCGUGGUAUUCCUAAUCCCAUGCACAUGGGUGGUGGGCCACCGCAGUAUAAUCGUAUGGAAGGCAUGGCAGUUCAAGGUGGUCGUGUCAAAAGGUACUCUACUCAGCGUCAGAGGCCUGUCCCAGACCCUGCAGCCAUGCACAUCAGCCUUAUGGAAAGUCAUUAUUAUGAUCCACUCCAGUUCCAGGGACCAAUAUAUGCUCACGGUGACAGCCCAUCAUCAAUGCCCCCUCAGGGUAUGAUUGUACAACCAGAAAUGCACCUUUCUCAUCCAGGCAUACACCCACAUCAGCCACCUGCUACCAUAUCUACCCCAAAUCUUUAUCCUGCUCCAGUCUCUCUCCCACCUGGCCAGCCACCGCCCCAGCAGCUCCUGCCUCCUCCAUAUUUUACUGCUCCACCCAAUGUUAUGAAUUUCGGGAAUCCCACCUAUCCAUACCCUCCGGGAGCUCUGCCUCCACCACCAACUCAUCUCUACCCAAAUGCACAGGCUCAGUCCCAGGUGUACGGAGGGGUGACUUAUUAUAACCCUGUGCAGCAGCAAGUACAACCAAAGCCUUCUCCUCCAAGGCGGACCUCUCAGCCAGUCACCAUCAAACCCCCACCACCAGAGGAAAACAGACACGUGAAGAUGAAAGAGAAAAGCAAUUCCUAAACCGGAGACUGCCGCCCUGAACUUAAACCUGAGAAGAUUCUAUGCUCAUUCCAUUGCGCCCUCCCGUACUCCCCAUACUGCUUGAAGGCUACCCUGAUUCCUAACACAGUGGUGCAGACCAGUUAAACACAUGACUUAUAACAGGGCCUCUAUAUUAGAUGUGUCCGAGUAUUUUUUUUUUAAGUCAUUAGUAAGGAGGCCUCAAAUGGAAGCUGCUGAUUGAGUGAAAGGUUUUUAUUUUCUUCAAAUGCCAGUAAGUCUGUAACAAGAUUUACAAAUGUGACCGAUGAUUUGUAGCGAAACAGGACUAGGGCUCAAAGCAAUGAAUUUAGCAGUGAAAACAGCAGUUCAGGGUUUCUCCUCCUUGUCUAGAAGGGUCCCAUUACCCACCAGUGUCACCCGUGUUGUGGGUGCAAAGAACUUCAUUAGCCGUAUGUUUGCGACUGACGAGGCUGCGCGAAGGUUACAGUAUAUUUUAUCCUUGAGUCUUGUUCUUGACCUUAACAGACUGUGAUGGCUUUUAUUUUUGUUCUGUGUGUUUGUUUUGUUUUCUUUUAAAAACUGUAUUUUUGUGAACUGAUAAAAAGAAAUUAGUAAACAUUUUGGGAGAUUACCGCCUCCAAUCGCAAAA